GCCAUGAUGUGAAUUACCAGAAAGUAGUGAACGCAGAUACGCUUAUUUUAAUAUAAUAUAAUUUUUAAAAUGUGUCCGUAAUAUAUAAUAACCACGCUUUAAAUGGCGCGUUUUCCUUUUUAAUAAGAGUCUUUCCUAUUGGCUGGGUCGCCAGGGGUCUUGACCAAUCAGCGUGAGGAAUUCCAGGGCGUGCUGUGUGUUUCAUGGACGAGGAACUGGAAAAUGUUCCCUGGUCGCUAUUAGUCAUCUGUGUAGCUAAAUUAUAAGACAGUUAUGCGUAUGUUAUCGCUGUCAUAAACGCACACACUCAUAUAGACUUUAAAAAAAGAUAAUUUGGAUUUCUGGAGGACGUGAAGAGCGUCUAACGCGAGCUCAGGAAGGUCCUCUGGUGUACAUGGCACUACAUGCGGCUGCACCAUGAGCGGCGAGCCGGACGCCUUGGCUGUGGUCAACCAGCUCCGAGAUUUAGCUGCUGACCCGCUGAACAGGCGCGCUAUUGUCGAGGAUCAGGGCUGCCUGCCGGGCCUCAUCCUCUUCCUCGAUCAUCACAAUCCGCAAGUCGUCUACUCUGCACUGCUGGCCGUGCGCUACCUGGCAGAAUGUCGAGCCAACAGGGAGAAGCUGAAGGGCGUUCUGGGAAUGAUGCUGAGUCUGCAGAACGUCAUGCAGAAGAGCACAUCCCCAGGGGAGACCAAAUUGUUGGCUUCAGAAAUCUACGAGAUCCUGCAGAGCUCGAGCAACGCUGAGGCUGACCAGGCCGAAGCAGCCGCCUCGUGCCGCCGUAAGGCUCAGUUCUUCCUGGGUUCCACCAACAAGCGGGCCAAGACCGUGGUGCUGCAGAUCGACGGCUUGGACGAUCCGACCCGGAGGAGCCUGUGUGAGGAGGCUUUGCUGAAAAUCCGCGGGGUCAUCAGCUUCACCUUCCAGAUGGCUGUUAAGAGGUGUGUGGUCAGGAUUCGCUCCGACCUGAAGGCUGAGGCUCUGGGAACAGCCAUCGCGUCAACCAAAGUGAUGAAAGCGCAGCAAGUGGUGAAGGGAGAAGACGGUAAUGAGAUGGUAAUCCCGUUUCAGGAGGAUUCAGACGUGGAGGUUGAGCAGAACAGGGACUUGCCGGAGUACCUCCCCGAGGACGAGAGUCCGGCUCAGGAGCUGCACAAGGCCGUGUCUCGCCUGGGCUCCAUGCAGGACGGUAUGGGCUGGCUGAGCACGGCCGCCAACUUCCUGUCCCGCUCGUUCUACUGGUGACGCUGCGCCAUAACCCACCGCACCCAGUGCAGAAACACUACUGCAGGCUGCUGCAAACUAACUCAAGUCCUCCGAAAGCUCAUGUUAGCGCCCACGCCACAAGAGACACCAAGCCAUAGAACAACGAAGAUGGCUUUCAUGACGAGCGUCUCCUCCGUAGCGUCUCUCUCUCUCUCUCUCUUUCUCUCUCCCCCCACUCACUCACUCAGCUUUCCCUUCAGCCAGAAGCUGUUUUUUUAAAAGAAGAUUUGGUCCAGUUUCUCCUCAUGGGUCCAUGUGUGAUACCAAACAGCAUUGGGUAUUUGUGUAGUUGUUUUUUUUUUUUUUUUUUUUUGGGACACUCAGUGCUCUGCCAGGUUGCAUAAUCUUCCUGGCGAUGGAUUUUCAGUUUUGUACGAAGGAACUUUUUCCUCAUGCAUGAAGUUUGAGUACUUGUUUUCCCCUCUUUUCCUGUAUUUUGCCUUUGCAUCUCACUUCUUGUGUGUUUUACUGUCUUGCUCUCGCUUUGCUAAUUUGAAGAAAACCGAUGAACCGUUUUAAAUUCACUUUAAGCCCUCGGGAUUUUCUGCUUUAAUCAAUGCCUUUUUCAUCCUCUUUGAGUCCUUAUCCUUUAGCAAGUGUGUGUGUGUGUCUGUGUGUGUGUGUGUGUGUGUGUGUGGGAGAGAGACUUUGCAAUGCGUUUUCUUGUUCUCAUCUCAACUUCUGAAGAUUUAAACCAUGUCCUUAUUCAUAUUUUGGUGUUUUCAGUCUUAUAGACGGUUAAGGGAAUGGGAGAAACACCAGCAAUGGCUGCUGUAGAGUCAUUGAGCAAAGCUGUAUAAUCUACCAACUCCUUGAUGCAUGCAGAAAAAAGGGAAAAAAAACACACGCUAUUACUACUUGGACUGCUAACAGUUUCUCAUGCUCCGUGCCAGCUGCUGUAGUAACUGCUCGAAAGAUUAAUACCAUAGAGCUGAAGACUGAAUUCGAGUCGGGAGGCUAGGUUUGUUUGGGAGCCUUCAUUUUCUUGCAUAUAACUUUCUUUAUCAUUGACUGCCUAUAAGACGACUAUUAGUGUUUGGUUUUUGGUCAGAUUAUUAAAUCAGUACAGUUGGGAAUUUCAUCGGGUCUCAUUUGACCCCGAUCGCCAAAAUGCACAAUCCGUGUCUGUUACUCCUGCGGGAUAAAAACGCCUCGAUAUGAGUAAUCUCUCGAGUAUAUGAACAAAAAGUGGAGGGAAAAUUCACCAACAGUGUUAUUUAAACGCAACCUCAGAUUGACUAAUCGCUGAAUCUCUCUUGUGCUGUUGUGCAUGAGUGAUUUUUUUUUUAACGCAUUUAAAUCAUCGUUUAGUUUCUCACCAGUGAAACGUUUAGCUUUUAGAUUGACCCCAGGUAACGUCCGUGACAUCAGGAAGUCUGUUCGAGACCGUAGCACGUGUUUAGAUGUAGAAGCUUCUCGUGUACAGAAUACGUCUGCUGUUACGUGUGUAAAGAAUUUCAGACCAUGGAGUUAUUGCCUGUUCACAGUAAUGACACUAUUAAAUAUAUUAAAGAAUACAA